AUGGAUUCUGUCCAGAAAAAUUCAGGGGAUUUGGACCCUUAUAACGGUUCAUACGACUUACAUAGAGAAUUAUUUGGCCAUGAAAGGGGUGUUAGAUGUGGUUGUAACAUUGGGGAGAACCACCUAUCAUUGCUCAAUUCAGCAGAUUCUUCCGAUAACCACGUCUUUAAUCACGAGUAUUUGGUUACAGGAGGAGCAGAAGGUGACGUGGUCGUUUGGAAAUUAACAAAUUUGGGAUAUUGUAACAUAGUUUCGAGGUUCAUGGCCCACGUAAACACGGUUAUGUGUAUAGUACCUUCACAACUUCUUAACGAUUUCUUGGAUAUGUCAUCACUGGAGUCUAACCCUAACGAAGAAUUAACACUUUAUGAGCACCAACUGUGUGUGUACACGUGCGGUAGGGAUAAACUAAUACAUAGGGUUAAUCUAGCAGGGAAGAAGCUGUUAACUCUAGAGGGGCAUGAUGAUGUGGUGUGUAGUUUACACGAGAUGCCAGAUUCAAGUAAACUUGUAAGCGGAAGUUGGGACGGAACAGCAAUUGUCUGGGACGUAUUGUCAGGAACUCAACAAUAUCGCAUUCAGUCGACCCAAUAUAAAUAUUCAGUUUAUGUGAAUAGUCUGGUUACUGGGGAAGUAGUAUCUGCCAUGCAGAAUGGAGACCUGUGCUUUUGGAACGGACGAAACUUGGUUAAAUCAAAGAAGUUGCACGAUGAUGCAAUUAGAGCGGUCAGUAUCAAAGACAACUACCUAACGUGUUCUAACGAUUGCACCAUUAAGUGCUUUAACGAUUCGCUGUGUUUGCUCUUUAGCAUGGAGCUCCACGAAGGAUUUGUCUACGAUGUAAGACACUCCAAAGAGUUCGAUGUGGCGUUCAGCGCCUCGGAGGAUAAAACAGUGAGAGUUUGGAGCACUAAAAAUGGCCAACUGUUGCAAACAAUAGCACUGGAGUCGUCAGUAUGGCAGGUGGUUGAGACGACAUAUAAUGGAAUAGCAACAAUUGAACUUAGUGGGAAAGUAACUCUGUGGAAAUUAAAACCAGGAAAAACACCUAUACAACCUAACAACAAACUGGAGUGUGUAGUAAAGCCUAAGGUUACCAGAACUAGUGGAGUAAAGAUACUUGAUAUGACACUGUUCAAGAAGUUCAACAGCGAGAAGGCUAAGGAAUUAAUACUCAAGUACUCUGAAGAAAACAAGACGUUGCUGGACACUGAACUGCUGUACGUUAAACAGUUCUUUCAAAACGACACAUCAAACCUGAGAGAUUCAUAUGAUAUUUCGUGGGUUGUGAAGAUGUUGGACUGGCCCGUGGCUGAGAGGUUGCCUGUCUUUGACCUGAUCAAGGCCUCAAGCAUUUAUUUAUUUACAGAGCAGUUGUUUAAAACAAGAAACCAAGGGUCUAAAGUUAUCUUCUCAGCAAAUGAAGCCCUUAAAAACUCCGAUAAUCCGCAAUUGUUCUCAGUGUGCCUACAAAUGUUCGCCAAUCUCUUACACCCUUCAAUCUCAAGAUCAGUCAUGUUCAGGCAUUUCGAAUCGAUAAUGGAAUCUGUGUCUGUAAUUUGUGGAAUUAGUAAUAAGUUAAUCCAACAGCCAUUGUCAGUAUUGUGCCAGAACUUUGCAAUUGCAUGCGUUCACAACAAUGAGACAAAUGUUAUAAAUCACAUUGUUUUAUUAAUUAGCAAGUCACUCGCAAUAUGUAAUGAGGAUUUAAAGACCGAUUCUCCAUUUUCUGCGCCAGUUUCAUUGAGGCAUUUUAUGACGCUUGAACUCCUCAUUCACAAUUUCCCACAAACUACUGAAUAUUGCCACGGCCACCAGCUGAAGACGGUUUUGGAGUCAUUAUCCAAGCUUUUAAUUGACAAAAAACUCGUUGAUUCAAACUCCUUAGGCACAAUUAAUUACCUACUGAAUAAUCUGAGCUGA